CUCAUGUUUGCAGAGUCUGGAAGACACAAGGUAUAAAUACUUCUUUUUUCUGCAAAUUUCACUGGAGCCACAGGACAAAGCCUGCCUUUCAGAUUUACUGCUGUGAACAGAAUAGAUCUGUCCGGCGGCCAUAUAAUCCACCGACAGGUGCAGGAAGUGAGCCCAGCCGGAGGGGAGCUCUGAAAGGAAACACCCUUCCUUGGGAGCCAAAAGCGACCUCGAAAUAACCUCAGGAAAAAGCCUUUGCAGAGCCUGCCAUUGAGGCGAGAGACGCCAUGGGGCGAAGAGUUUGGCUGGGGGCUCUCCUCUGCUGGGGGACCUUCUGGCUGCUGGAGGCCAACGAGGACAUCCGCCUCUACGACCACCUUUUCGCCAACUACGACAAAACAGCCCGCCCUGUGCGCAACGAGGGGGACGUGGUGCAGGUGAACGUCAAGUUGACCCUCACCAACCUCAUCUCCCUGAACGAGAAGGAAGAGACCCUGACCACGAACGUCUGGAUUACACAUGAGUGGUUCGAUUACCGGCUGGAAUACGAGAGCGAGGACUAUGGCGGCAUCAAAGCGCUUCAGGUCCCUGCAGAUAAGGUGUGGCUUCCAGACAUCGUCCUGGAGAACAACAUUGAUGGGAAUUUCGAGGUGGCUUACUUCAGCAACGUCCUGAUCUACCCCAAGGGGUACAUGUACUGGCUGCCCCCUGCCAUCUUCCGCAGCACCUGUGCCAUCGAAGUCACCUUCUUUCCCUUCGACUGGCAGAACUGCUCCCUCGUCUUCCGGUCCAAAUCGUACAACGCCAACGAAGUAGUGCUUGACUUUGGGGGCGACGACGAGACCGGGGCACCCGUGAAGGAGAUUGUGAUUGACCCAGAGGCUUUCACAGAGAACGGGGAGUGGGCCAUUCAGCACCGGCCGGCCCGCAAGGCCCUGGCCCCCGUCUCCGGGGCGGAGGCCCCAGGCUUCUCGGAGGUGCGCUACUUCCUCAUCAUCCAGCGCAAGCCUCUCUUCUACAUCAUCAACAUCAUCAUCCCCUGCGUCCUCAUCUCCUCGCUGGUGGUGCUGGUCUACUUCCUGCCUGCGGAAGCUGGAGGCCAGAAAAUUACCGUCAGCAUCUCUGUCCUGCUAGCCCAGACUGUCUUCUUGUUUCUCAUCGCCCAGAAGGUUCCGGAGACCUCGCUCAGCGUCCCCCUGAUCGGAAAGUACCUGCUCUUUGUGAUGGUGGUGGCCACCCUGAUCGUCACAAACUGCGUCAUCGUUCUCAACGUCUCCCUGCGCACCCCCAGCACCCAUGCCAUGUCGAAGCAGCUGAAGCAUCUCUUCUUGGAGGUCCUUCCACGUUACCUGGGCUCCAGUUUGGAGCCGGCCGGAGAAGACCCCUGGGACGCCCCCCGCCCCCGACGACGCAGCUCCUUCGGGGUGAUGCUGAAGGCGGAGGAGUAUAUCUUGAAGAAGCCACGAAGCGAGAUCCUUUUCGAGCGCCAGGGAAAGCGGCAUGGCCUCCAGAGGGUGCCAGGAGACAGCACGGCUUAUGGCCCGGAUGUGGGGGGAACCAGCACCCUCUACAAGAACCUGGCCAGCCUGGCCCCCGAAAUCAAGGAGUGUGUGGACGCCUGCAACUUCAUUGCCGAGAGCACCAGGGACCAGAGUGUGGACAGUGCGGAGAUGGAGAACUGGGUGCUGAUUGGGAAGGUGAUUGACAAGAUGUGCUUCUGGGCGGCCAUCGCCCUCUUUGCCAUCGGCACCCUCGCCAUCUUCGCCAUGGGGCAACUCAACACCGUGCCGAGCAACCCCUUCCCGGGAGAAGAUCUCCAGGAGUAGGAGCACUGUGCAUGAAUCAGCCGGGGUGGGGGAAAGACAAAGGUGUCCUCUCUGUGGCUCCAGGGGACCUCUGGGGGCUCUAACCUGCUUGACCUGAGUUUUGUGACCUUGCACUCCAACAAGCAGGUCUGAACAGGAGGGUUUUCUGAGGAUCUGGGAAGGUCUGCCGUCACCACACCCGGCUGGAGACAUGAUGAGCUGUCUCUGCAAAGCAGACCUGGUUGUAUGCAAUUGCAAAGUUUGUGCAUGUUUGCAGCGGCCAGAUAAAGGAUAAUGUGACCAGU